AUGCCGUGCCAGGACAUCAAUGGGGGCUCUGGCGUGCUAUUUGAAUUGAACAAGUGUCAGCGUCGAGGGGAAACAGCUGAAACAGCUCUAUGGGGCUGCUCCGGCGACCCCUCCUCGGCGCUACUACCGCCCCCCAUAUAUAUGUGUGUGUAUUCUCAGACGUUGUUGUACAGCAUUUGCAUGUCCUGCCAGUCCGCUCUCAAAACUCAAAAUAUUAACACUUUAACGCCAAGUUUUUUAUCCGGCUGCCGGAAACAGACAACACACAAACGGCGCACACAAACACAGGCGCGGGCAACACAAAUACUAGUGCAGAGCUCUCGGCGUUGGCGGCACAAAACGCCAUGUUGGAUUAUUCAACUCGACGCCAUUUCGCGUCACAAUGCGCGCUAUGCGCCGCCAUCAUUGCCACCGACAGCGAACGGCACACGGUAAUAGCGGCAACAACUAGAACAACGGCAACAACAAAGGCGGCAGGAUGGCAGCAACAACUGCAGCAGGACGAAGGACUCGGCGGCCCACACGGCGGAUGAAGUUGCAAUUCAAAGUCAUAAACACGUGGAGCGUGGGCGCAAAGUCUCAGCUAAGCCGGCGGUGUGUCUGUGAGUGAGUGAGGCUGAGCAUGAGCAGUUAACGCCAUUGUUUGCGUUAAGCUCGGACGAAUCUGGCAGCCAGGUCAGCCCGCCCCUCCUCAGCCACCUCAUCCACCCCUUCCACCUGCAUUCCCCAC